UUUGAAGGAGCGGCGGGUUAGAGGGCGGCGGGAGGUGCGCGGUCGGCCCGGCCGCCGCCAGCAUGAACCCUAUCCAGACUUUCCACUGUAAGCUGCGGGGCCUGGCCGCCCUGCUGGACGGCGAGACGGCCCAGCUGCUGCGAGCGCUGGACGGCGAGGACGGCGACUUUGAGGAUUCUCCAAUGAGAAUUUUGUAUGACCUUCAUUCAGAAGUCCAGACCCUAAAGGAUGAUGUUAACACCGUUCUUGAUAAAGCAAGGUUGGAAAGCCAAGAAAGCACAAGUUUCAUAAAGGCAACAAAAGUACUGAUGAGAAAAAAUACAACAGACAUCAUAAAACUAAGAGAGUAUUUUCAGAAGUAUGGAUAUCAAACACGGGACAAAGAUUCAGCAUGUGAGCAGAGAGAAAAGGAGUCCACCCCAGAAGUGGCUGUGUGUGAAGAUGUCAAGGAGCCUGGUGUGAAGGGUGACCUGUCUGAUCCAUGUGUUCCAAGCAGUUCUGUUUCUGAAAAGCCUCUGCGUAGCCCACAGCUCUCAGAUUUCGGACUCGAGCGGUACAUGGUCUCCCAAGUCCCAGCAAACCCUCCCCAGACAGCCAUCAGCCUUGAAGAGGAGUGUGUAUCUGAAACCCCUCCUGCCAAAGAGCCUUUUGUUAAAGUGCUCAAGACCCCCAGAUGUGCCAUAAGGAUGGAUGAUUUUGAGUGUGUAACCCCAAAAUUAGAACACUUUGGUAUAUCUGAACAUACUAUGUGUUUAAAUGAAGAUUAUACAAUUGGACUUAAAAACAUGAAGAACAAUAAGAGUUUCCGUGAGAAUGGAACCAGUGAAGAGGCCUGUGACCUGUCCAUACAAACAAGGCCUGUGACCAAUAAUAAUUCUUUUGUUAUUCCUGGUCCCAUAAUCCAGCAGCUGGAAAAAACUGAUGCUGAAUACACCAAGUCACCGUUGCCACCUAAAUUCUGCACUCCUGGUUUGAAGAUUCCUUCUACAUUGGACAGUGCACAUUUGGUAUAUAAAAAUUAUCCAUUAUCAAAGUCAAAUACUUCAGUGAGUGAUUUGGACGUUAAGGAUUGUGCUCCGUUAAUCUUAAAUUCAGAUGAAUGCUAUGAGAAUUUUGCAGAUCCCCCUUCUCCUACAAUUACUUCUUGUGAAAAUAUCAGAACACCCAGUCCUCCAGAAGUCACUACAAUUCCAGAAGACAUUCUCCAGAUGUUAACAAAGCAUAAUCCAAACCUACCUUCUCCAGUGGAGGUUAAAGCAGCGCUGCCCAGGAGAGGCUUCCUCAAGUACGAGGGCCAGAACACCAGAUGUGCUGCCAACAAGGAGAACUGGUGACCGUGAGAAUUCUAGUGUGGAAGCAAGCUGGACUGAAGUUUUCAAAUUUUUUAGAGAGACCAGUGGAGCUGGAAGGAAGGCUCACCGCUGUCAGUUGUCCUGCUUUCUCCUAGUCUUUCACUUACUUCACUCUUACAUGAAUUUUUCCAUUCCACCACAGUGUGUUGGCCUCUCCAGCUUCCAUCUCCAGCUUGGCCACUCAGCAGAUCUGAACCUUAUUCUCUCUAGAAGAUUCUGAUCCUGAGCCAGGAGCCAUCUUGAUUCUAGAACUAUCUAAUGUCCUUUGAGCCUAAGAUCCUUCUGAUCCAAGAACUAGAAAGUAAAUCUGCAAGUUCAUGGUAGUGCUCCCAGGAGAGCUCUGCAUUGCACCAGUGGGGGAAUGAGGGGCCGGUGUUCUGUAGAGACCAGCUAACAUUCUGAGAAAGAAUUAGCAGUUACCCUAAGGUGCUUCAUGGGCUUCCUAGCUUUAGGAUUUUUUUUUCUCUGUGUAGCCCUGGCUAUCUUAAAAUUCACUCUGUAGACCAGGCUGACCUCAAACUCACAGAGAUCCUCUUGCCUCUGUCUCCCAAGUAUAGGGCUUAAAGGCAUGUACCACCACUGCCCAGCAGCUUUAGGAAAUUUUGUGUGGAAUUAAGAUUAUUCUAAUUGCAGAUUGAAGAUCAAGUGGAAGAAUUCCAGGGCAAUUCUAAGUGCUUGGUGUUUGUUUAUUUGUUUGUUUGUUUGUAUCUUUGAUUACAUAAUGUAAAAUAAAUGAUUUUCAAAGUAAAACUCU